AUGACUUGUCUUCGUUCUAGAUCUGCAGCACUGAAGUUCGUUGCUUCCAUCGUUGGAUACGAAGGCAGAGGAAGUCUGGUAGCGUAUCUCCGCAAGUUGAAUCUGGCAGUGGAGUUGAAUGCUGGUUGUGCGGUCAACGACAGCACCCAGCACAACCAAAUGACCAGUAUCUUUGGCAUUAGCGUGGAGCUCUCCGAACUGGGUCGUGCAGCUCCCAUCACGGUGGCCGAUCACGUCUUUUCCUACCUGCACAUGCUGCGCGACGCCGCUAAUUUCAGUCUGGCCAAUCCGUCGGCCAGCACGACACCCUGGGGUGACCGCGCUUUUGCCUCCCUCGUGCCAGAGUUUGAGAAGCUCUGGGCGUCAAAUUUCCGCUUCCAGGAGCCACUAGAGCCCUCUACUAACGUACGGAAAGUCGCUUCAGCGAUGCGAAAAUUUCCGCACCAUGAGGUCUUUAUCGCCGAUUCACUGAUUCUGCAACCUGAUUUGAAGCAGGCCAACAUCCACCUGGUGGAGGACCAUAUGAAGGCUCUUGAAGGUCUCACUUUGAACGACGUAGUGGUCUUCGUUGCAGCCUUUUUGUCUCGUGUCUACGUCAAGGCGUUCGUCUACGGCAACGUUCCUGCCACGUACCGCAAGGCUGCUCUGCCUGCAUGCUUGAGUCGGCUGCGUGUGAUGAAUUUCGAUAAGACCGAUGUGAACACCUACCUGGUGUUGGUGAGUCCCCUCCAGGGCACACCGUCGCAUGACCUUCGAUACGAGGUGAUGAACGAGGUCCUUGAAUCCUGUCUGCAAGAGUCGGCCUUCGCGUACCUGCGGACGAGGGAGACACUGGGCUACUCAGUGGGCCUCUACAGUUGGUCACUGUCCAGCACCACGGGACAGUGUGGUCUCUCGCUGUAUGUAAGCAGUCAGGCGAACAAAUUCGACAGCAAUGUGGUGGCCGGACGCAUGUACGCCUUCUGGUACCGUAUUAUGCCCUACAUGGUCUUUCAUCUCAAGGAGGAGGCCUUUCGGACGUCGGUACGUGAAAUCUUGCCUUCUGAGUGUAUAGGAGCAAUGAACACCGUGGAUCAUUGGCGCUGGAUUGGAAGGAAUGAAGCAUUCCGUUGGCGCCCAUGGCCUGGUCAUCUGCUGAAUUGUCGACAUAAUCGGGAGGGAAUGCGGUUCCAUGGGGUAAUUGUGAUUGUGGAUGAGUUGCCACAGCACAGCUUGCAUCGUGGAGGUUGUCACUAUCGCCGGAAUGCAGUGGUGCUGGAUUUCAAGGAGGAUAUAGAAGUUCACCAUUGGUGGAACUUUCAUGCCAAUUAA